UUAUGAAAUAUAUAUUGCAGGUGUUCUAUUUAUAUUUACACAGCGAAAUACUUAAAAAGCUGCAAAAUACUUAUUUUUUCGUUUUCAAUUUGCAAUACUUACAGCUACGAGAACGACUUCAAAAGAAAAAAUGAAUCAUCUCAUUGUUGUUUUGGCUUUAUCUGCUGUUGUUACCUUUGCAAAUGCUGAAUGCGACAAAAAACAAUGUCGUAUGUUUUGCAAAUUUGGAUUUCAACAGGAUGAAAACGGAUGCGACAUCUGCAAGUGCGCUGAAAGACCUGAAAAGAGAUGCAACAAUAGACAGUGCAAAAUGCUUUGUCCUGAAGGUUUCCAAGUAGAUGCUAACGGUUGCGAGAUAUGCCGCUGCAAAAGAUCUGCUCUAGAGGCACCAGAAAAAAAGUGCGAUGGUUUAAAACAAUGUAAAAUGCACUGCGAAAACGGAUUUGUCAGGGAUGAAAACGGUUGCCCAAAAUGCGAAUGCAGUAAAUGCAAACAAUUCCAAUGUUUGAUAUUUUGUCCCCACGGAAAUGAAGUCGACGAAAACGGUUGCAAAACAUGCAAGUGCAAAGCUGCUCCAGAAAAAAAAAAAUGCGACGACUUAAAACAAUGUAGAAUGUUCUGCGAAAACGGAUUCGUCAGAGAUGAAAAUGGUUGCAAAAAAUGCGAAUGCAACAAAUGCAAAAAAUUCAUUUGUCAAAUAUUUUGUGAAUACGGAAACGUUGUUGAUGAAAAUGGUUGUAAAACAUGCAAGUGUAACAGCAAGCCUUGAAGUUAUCUCUGCUUUUUAGAUGAUUUUUAAAUUGGAUGUUUAAAUUUGAUGUUUAAAGGCAUUGAUUCAUCCAUGUUUAUCUGUAAUUUUUAUUAGUCAUGAGUAACUUUUUUAAUAUUUUAA